AUGCUGUCUCGACGGCACAGGACGCGUAGUCCUCACAUAUUGACGUUUUUGUGGGCAGCACUAACGGCAGCUUUACCACCUCCAGGUGCAGCAGACGCAGCUAUAAGCAACACCAACUUGCCACAAUGCGGAUCCCCCCCGACUGCCAGCUGCGUGCUGCAGCAAGCUGUUGCCCUACAAGAAUGGGGAGUAAACAUAAGGAGACAGCUGCAUAGACACCCGGAGCUUAUGUAUGAGGAGGAGAGGACAUCCGCAUUGGUGCAGGACGUGCUGACGGAGUUAGACAUAAAGUACACGGCUGGUUGGGGCAGAGACAGACGGUCAUCAAUCGUGGAUGAGUCUUUGCUAGAGUCAUCUACUGAGCGAGGGGAUGGAGAGGAGCUGCAACAGAUGCACCAGCAACAGCAACAGCGGGAACGGCGACAGCAAGCGGACAGUGGGCUUGAGGGGACAGGAAUUGUUGCCGAGAUCGGGACGGGGGAUGCCCCAUGUGUUCUACUUCGAGCAGAUAUGGAUGCUCUUCCAAUUCACGAGCAGGUGCUGUCGCUGGUUCUAGACACGCAAAGCUACUGCAGCCGCCCGUAUGCUUGGCUGCACGUUGUUGCUGCCGUUGCUCUAACUAAUAUGCUGGGUAUCUUUGAUGCUCUAGGUAGUACUGACGUACCUGUGCCUUUCUUCACUGCAUUUGCUAAGACAGACAUGUUGUUUCAGUUGCCUGCUGAGGAGGGGGGUCAAGGUGCCAAGAUGAUGCUCGAUGAGGGUUUGUUAGAGCGGAAUCCUCGGCCAAGUUUGGCUCUGGGGUUGCAUGUGGACCCGCAGCUCCCGACCGGUUCUUUAGCUUCGAGAGCGGGGCCUCUGAUGGCUGCCACUGGAAGCUUCCACUUUGAUAUCGUUGGAUUCGGCGGUCACGGGGCGAUGCCAUCCCAGACUCAUGACCCUGUUACUGCAUGUGCAGCCGCCGUGCAGAACAUUAACAACUUUGUGGCAAGAGAGAACGAUUACUCAGCUGUUUCUUCUGGAUUUGUGUCGGUCACGCAGAUCCAAGCUGCCUCAGCAGUACUCCCGGAGGGUCGAAUGGAAGUUAUGGAGCCGACGUACGGCGGCGAAGACUUUUCUUUCGUGCUGAACAAGCUUCCAGGAGUCUUCGCGUUUAUUGGGAUCGGAAGCGGGUCGCAGAAAGCAGGGAACGUGCCAACUUCUUUCGGCCUCCAUCACCCGAAGUUUGCUGUAGAUGAAGAAGCAUUACAUUUGGGUGCGGCAGUUGAGGCGCAGUUUGUCUUUGAUGCAAUCAACCAUUUGCGUGAUCACCAGAUUCAGCAGGAACGGCAAGACCGCGGCGAAGAACUAUAA